AUGCAUCUCAUUCUCACUGGCGCGACCGGCCUCGUCGGUGCAGCGGUGCUCGACAGCAUGCUGGCACAGGAGACGAUUAGCCGCAUCUCCAUCCUCAGCAGACGGCCUGUGAAGAUGGCAGAAGGCCACGAGAAGGCGAAAGUCAUCAUUCACAAUGACUUCAAGACCUACGACCAAGCUCUGCUGGACGAGCUCAAGGACGCACAGGGCUGCGUAUGGGCGCUAGGCGUAUCGCAGAACGACGUAGACAAGGAAAAGUACGUCGAAAUCACACACGACUACCCGCUCGCCGCUGCGCAUGCCUUCAAUACACUGCAUCCCGACUCGCCCUUUACCUUCGUCUACGUGUCCGGAGAGGGCGCGACACAAUCACCCAGCAUGUUCACGCCCAUCUUUGGCCGUGUCAAAGGCCAGAUUGAGACAGCACUCCUAGCGUUCCGCAAGCAAAAUCCCAACUUCAGGGCUUACAGCGUGCGACCAGGUGGCGUAGACUGGACGACGCACCCAGAGAUUCAUCCGUUCAUCCCUCGCCAACCAGCAUGGAAGGGCGCAAUGAUCACACCGAUGAAUCUCGUGUACAAGAGCAUGAUGACCCCAACGAAGCCGAUGGGUGACGUCUUCACCAAGCUCGCGAUGAGUAAGGGUGAACCGUUGGAGGGAACUGGCGUAGGAAUGGAAGGUACUUUGCUCAAGAACGUUGGUAUCAGGAGCAUGUCCGGGCUCUGA